CCACAUUUGCAGACUCCCUAGCUCGAUGUCGAAUGAAAGAGUUGAAACGAGGUUUGAAAAAUCAUUGUGUUCAAGGUGUUGGGCUCGUGGUGGAUAGGACACGAAGUUCGUCGUCGCAAAUUUCAGCCUCCACUGUUGACGAAGAAGUCCUUUCCUAUCUCCUCCUCAUUCUUAGUAACGAGGUGAAACUCAGCUGAAAUGAAGUACAUUCUUGUUACAGGCGGCGUCAUCAGUGGCGUUGGAAAGGGCAUCAUUGCCAGCAGUCUUGGAACCAUUUUGAAAUCAUGUGGCAUGCGAGUCACCUCGAUCAAGAUUGAUCCUUACCUGAACAUCGAUGCCGGAACAUUUUCUCCAUACGAGCAUGGUGAGGUUUUUGUUUUGGAUGAUGGCGGCGAAGUCGACUUGGAUUUGGGAAAUUAUGAGCGCUUCUUGGAUGUUACCCUGCAUCGUGAUAAUAACAUUACGACGGGAAAGAUCUACAGAGAUGUGAUUGAGAAAGAAAGAAAGGGUGACUACUUGGGGAAAACUGUCCAAGUUGUGCCCCACAUCACAGACGCUAUCCAAGAGUGGAUUAUCCGAGUGGCCAAAGUACCAGUCGAUGGAAAUGAGGAUGAGCCAGAAGUCUGCAUUAUCGAACUCGGAGGGACUAUUGGUGACAUCGAAGGAAUGCCCUUCGUUGAAGCGUUCCGUCAGUUCCAGUUUCGCGUUGGCCCAGAAAACUUCCUGGUGUGCCAUGUCAGCCUUGUACCACAGCCCGGUACAACUGGUGAGCAGAAAUCAAAACCAACCCAAAACAGUGUCCGCAGUCUCCGUGGUCUUGGUCUUUCUCCAGAUCUUAUCAUGUGCCGCAGUCAGAAUCCCCUGCAGCCGGGUUUGAGAGAGAAAAUUGCUAUGUUCUGCCACGUCCCACCCAACCAGGUAAUAUCAGUAUAUGACUGCACAUCAAUCUACCGCGUGCCUAUUCUUCUCGAGUCGCAACAAAUCAUUCCCUACUUCUCAAAACGUCUCGAUCUGGAGAUGAAGUCGCCCACGUCUCGCCGGCUCCUUUCCAAAUGGGAACAACUUGCGGAGAGACAUGAGAAUGUGAAGGACGUUGUUGCUAUUGCCUUGGUCGGAAAGUACACCAAGUUCGAGGAUUCGUACAUGUCCGUCAUCAAGGCGCUCAAACAUGCCGCACUCUCCGAGAGCAAGCUCCUCAAGAUUGUGUGGAUCGAGGCAGCGAACUUGGAGGAGGAGACAUUGGAAAGCGAUGCUCCGGCUUAUUACGAAGCAUGGAAGAAACUAAGCUCAUGCAACGGUGUGCUAGUGCCGGGUGGCUUUGGCCUGCGUGGUGUAGAGGGCAAGGUAUCUGCUGUGAAGUGGGCGCGCGAGCGCAAGGUACCCUUCCUUGGUGUCUGCUUGGGCUUGCAAGCUGGAGUCAUUGAGUUUUCAAGGAAUGUCCUUGGCUGGACUGAUGCCCACUCCAAGGAGUUUGCCCCAGACACAGAACACCCAGUGAUUAUCGAGAUGCCCGAGCAUAACAACGGUGAUCUAGGUGGUACAAUGAGGCUGGGAAAGCGACGCACCAUCUUCGUGCAAAAGGAAUCGUCUAUCAUGUACAAGUUAUAUGGUCGAUGUGAGUUUGUCGAAGAGAGACAUCGCCAUCGCUACGAGGUCAACCCUGACAUAGUCAGUCAGCUGGAGGAGCAUGGACUGAAGUUUGUUGGGCGUGACGAGGAAGGCAAGAGAAUGGAGAUCAUGGAGCUUGAAGGUCAUCCGUACUUCGUCGCCGUCCAGUAUCACCCGGAGUAUCUCACCAGGCCAGUGAAGCCAUCCCCACCGUACCUCGGUCUUAUCCUUGCUGCCAGUGGCCAGCUGCAGUCCACAUGAAUGAAACAUCUAGUGGCCAGCUGCAGUCCACGUGAAUGAAACAUCUAUCCUUGCUAUCACUGUACAAAAGAGAAAUAAAUUCUCAAUAUAAAUUCCCAUGUAAACUAGGCCUCCUGCAUGUAACACUCAUGAAACUCAACCUUGUACAAAACAUCUAUCCUCUCAGUAUCCCCCCCCCCCCCAUGUAAUAAAGCGCGCAUGUUCACAGAUCUGUUACCACUAGUCGUCCUCCGUUCUUCUCUGUGACUUCGCCUUGCGCACUUGGUCCGGUUCUUGUCAUUCUCCUCUCGUUCGUAUGUUUUGUCCUGUUGAUUAUCUGCUGUCCUCGUGAAUUCCGCGGCAGAAUAUUAGAAAUUCCGUGUAGAAUUCUGCAACAACAAAAAAACACAGAAUUUCCACAGCUGGUCGCACCGAAUUUUGUUCUCCUUCAAAUUUCUGGGUUUUGUGGACUGUGUUGAAUCGCGGAAAUCACGGAGCACAGCAUCUGUUUCCGCGUCCUGAUGUGGCUCUGUGCUCUCUCAUCUACGAUCUAUAUACACUGUACUGCUGAUGCCAUCAUAGGCUGCUUGCUGACGACUUGAUUUUUGAAGGCAGUGAUUUUACGAUACCUUGUUGGCGGUUUCUUUUGUGCCAGUCCUAGUUGUUUGAUGCUACCAGUAUUGAAUCUGUUCAGCUCAUGGAAUAGUUCCCUAUUCUCAAUUAUUGUGUACAACUUGAUUCAAUUAUGCCAGUAUGAGACUUGUUUAGAAGUCGCCGUUCAUCUGCAAUUUACUACAUGUACUUUAAUAAUAUGAUUGUGAUAUUGCGCUGUACGUUAUUGUGCUGUAUAAUCAUGGCCAAUGGCCAAUCUUGCUGCAAGUGACAUCUCGAUUGCACAUUUCUGCAAAGCUGGUUACAAACAUGA